AUGGAAAAAGAUAAUUUCAUAGAGUCUUUGAAUUCUGAUUUCAGCGAAAUUCCAAUUAUUUCGUGGAUUAGUCAAAAAAUAAAAGUUCAGCCCUCAUUUGUUGUAUUCCUGGUAACUCUUUGAGCAUUCUUUUUGGUAAUCAUAGGAUUUUUUGAUAAGGGCAUAAUAGAUUUGCUUGGCAUUUUAUAUCCUGCAUAUAUGAGUUUUUCCUCAAUUGAAAAAAAAUCGCAGCAAGAUAAGAAGCAAUGAAUAGCAUAUUGAAUAAUAUUUGCAUGCUAUAGCGUAUUGGAUCAGCUUCGGACAAGUUUAUUCUUUUGGGUACCAUACUACUAUCCGAUCAAAUUUAUUGUAUUAGUGUAUCUUUUCUGGCCUAGAUCACGGGGUGCAGAAUUAAUUUACGAUUUUCUUAUGCAAAAUUAUUUAUCAAUACAUAAAGAGAGAGAGAUUUAUUAGAGAGGGUUAAAACGGGAUUUAUUUCAGCCCCUGAUCCAGUCGAGCUUCAGUUUCACGCUCCUGUGGCGCUAAGCACUAAAGCCACCUACCGCCCUUUUCUGUCGACGUCACCAUUUUUUUUUGUGACGUCGACAUCUUUCGGGGAGACUCACCCGCACCUGCUUGGACCAAAAUUUUCGGUAAAGAACUCUCUUAACCCCUGUAGUGCUCAGGGAAUGAGGGAAUCGUCCAUAACCUCCUUCUGGAACUACCUCUACCAUUUGCAGGCAGCAUAUUGCUCCUCCAGAAGUGUUCGAUUGGUGUUGCGCCGUCGGUCUUCAUGUCUUUGGGUUGAGAGGAGGCCAGUCAGCCCAAGCCCACACCCUUGCCACCCCGGAGAAUUGCCACCGCCACCCCGUGGUCCCUCAGGGCCACCUUUUUGUUUUUGGAAGUCCUAAGUUUUGGUUUUUUUCUGUUGCCAAUCGGAAUUGCUGCUGCAAUUGCCGAAGAUGGCAAUUAUAUACAUAAAGAAGAAACGGAGGUCCCAAAUCAUUCUUAA